ACGAAAUUAUAUAAUCUGAUUUUUUAAAAGCUCAAUAUCAAUACCUUAUCGUCUUUAUUCAACAACCAUUUUUCAUUUGAAGAAGCUCUGUGCUGCUUCGCUUGACAGCCCUCACAGAUUAGUGAAAAAUGCCAGAGAUUGUAUUGGGUUCACAUACUGUGAGAUCCCAUGGGCGUCAGGUUUUAAGGAUACACAUGUAUGACUGGCUGAUUCUUAUACUUCUUGGAGUAAUAGAGAUCAUUUUGAACGUCAUAGAACCAUUUCACCGCUUUGUUGGACAGGACAUGAUGAUGGACUUGAAAUAUCCCAUGAAACCGAACACUGUCCCCUUUUGGGCUGUUCCUUUGAUCGGAAUUGUGCUCCCUUGUAUUGUCAUUUAUGUGUACUAUUUCUUCAGAAAGGACAUCUAUGAUCUGCACCAUGCCAUAUUAGGCCUUCUUUAUUCUGUCCUUGUAACUGGUGUUAUAACUGAUGCAAUUAAAGAUGGUGUUGGUCGACCUCGCCCAGACUUCUUUUGGCGCUGUUUCCCCAAUGGUACAGGGAUUUUUGAUCCUGUCACAAAGAAUGUUUUGUGUACUGGAGAUAAGAAAGUUAUUAACGAAGGACACAAAAGUUUUCCAAGUGGGCAUACUUCAUGGGCUUUUGCUGGCCUUGGUUUCCUUGCAUUGUACUUGUCAGGGAAAAUCCAGGUGUUUGAUCGGAAGGGCCAUGUCGCAAAGCUCUGUCUUAUUAUUUUUCCUUUACUUGUUGCUUCCAUGGUAGCUGUUUCUCGAGUUGAUGACUAUUGGCAUCAUUGGCAAGAUGUCUUUGGUGGAGCAAUUAUAGGGACAGUAGUUGCGACAUUCUGUUACUUGCAAUUCUUUCCUCCGCCAUAUGAUGUCGAUGGUUGGGGACCUCAUGCAUAUUUCCAGAUGUUGUCAGAAUCUCGAAAUGGUGUUCAGAACAAUGCCACCAACCGUCUUGAUGUACAGGUAUCGGAGCUUGAAAGUGUAUAUGUCGAAUCUCAACACCACCGCCAAACGGCAAGAUCCAGCACUCGGGACACCAGCCCAUGUAUUAUGGAUGAAAUGGAAGAUGAAAGGAGACGGUGACUCAGGUCUCUUGCUGUGCAUUGUAGAGAAAAAUAGGUACAAAUACCAGGUUUGAUAUCAGUAGAACGACACGCUCUUUUAUUUCAGGACAUAUUUUAUCAUAAUUUCGCGCUGCUGAGGAAAUCUGAACCGUUGAUAUUGUUUUGGCAGAUUUAUGGUCCUACCCUCUGUACAGGUUUUUGUUUUUUCAUUUGAUUGAUAUGAGUGGGUUUGAUUGA